UGUACGCUUUCGCGUGAGUUGUUGCCCGUCUGGCAUUCACUAAAGUACAGGGGUUUCAGUACAGCGACGCACAAGGGGCGUGGCCAUGACAUAAAACAAAUUUCAGGUCAGCGCACAUGUGCAUUAUAGUGCCUUCUUUCCGCGGGCUUUUCAUAACAGCGACAGCAAACUGAUGGAACAGCCAUGGAGAAUCUAAGACAAAAUAGGGAAAUCGGUAAAUGUUUUUGUUGUUUUACUAUGAUACAGAGGCAGAUGAUUUUGUAAAAGAUGCGGUAGCAUUUUAAUGUAAAGAACGAGUAACGAUAAAUACUUUUUGUUACCGUUUGCAAUAUAAGUGCAUAUGAACUAUGCAAAUUUUGAAUUAGGAGAACGCCUACACUACCACGUCACAUUUUUACGCUGUACUGAAACCCCUGGAAAUAAGUGACUGCCUUGCUGGUCUAGUCUGGCCCAGUUAGCCAUACGCAUGCCUUUUUAAUGUUUUAAUACUGGAUCAACCAGUCGUGCGUCUCGCAGGAUUGUGUAUAAGUUAACCAGUGCGAGGAAUUGUUGAAAGAAGACGUCAAGUGGCGUAAAGAAAGAUGUCUGCCUCCUCAGUGUCAACAGUGGACUUGAACAUCACUGAGGCGAUAGUGAAAGAGUCUGACCCUGAAAUGAGCCUGAUGGAUGAGCAGGAGGAGAUGGAGGAGGAUCUGGAUUUAAAACUACAGCAGGAUAUAAAUGUAGAGGAGGGGAGUGGACAAGAAAAGAGCCAACCAAUAGAUCCAGGCAAAGAAGAAGAAGAAGAAAUUAGUGUACAGGUUUACUUUGAGCAUAACAAGGAAGCCGAAGAUGUAGAGGAGAAUAAUGACAAGGAGGAUACAGCACAGUGUUUAGAGGAGCUAGUGAUCUUUAAAGUUGAGGACUUGAGGGAUGUAAUGCCAGUGGAUUUGGACCAGACUGAGGAUCACAACAGGAACAUGAUGGUGAAUAAAGCAAAACAUUCUGAAAAACGAACAGCUGAAGGUGUAAAAAAUGAGACCAUGACAUUACCUGCUGGAAUGCAGACAAAACAACUGUUAAAACAUGCCACAAAACCUGAGAUGAAAGUGGCCCAACCUGUGCAGAUUAAGGAUGAACCAAUGGAUGAGGAGUAUGAGAAAGCAUCUGAACCACAGGGCCCAAUGGAAAACAUUAAGGAUGAGCCUGACACUGCAGCUGGAAUUGCUCCUGAGGCAACAAAUGACAUGGUAGUGUGUAAACCAGUACCGAAGUCCAAGGAUCAUGCCCGAACUGUUGUGAAAUGUACACUGUACAGAGCAUAUGGUGGUCCUCUUCCAGAUCCUCACAUCCUCGCCAGUGUUGAGAAACUGCAAGACAAACGCCCACAACCAGGCAUUUGCAAAUUGCUCCACGGGCUUGAGGCCCUUAAUUUUGUGGACUCUAAAUUUGGCCCGGUGCCAUUUGGGUCUUUGCUCUCUUACCAGUGCCCUCCUGAGAUAAGUAGAGACAUUAUUAAACACCCUGGUGCCCCUGGAUUUCCUCAGUUGCCCAUUGAAGGUCACAAUUUUAAAUUUCACAUACAAUUUGAGCCUAACUACAAGCAACAAUGCCACUUAGAGAGCCUUAAAGUGUCAAGGGAGAUCUCUGCUGCUAUUGAGGCAGAAACACGACUGCAGUCAGAAUGCCAGCUGUGGACCCAGGUACGCAAACCCCGACUUACAGCCAGCAGAUUUGGUGAGAUAUGUCAUGUCUGUGGAGAGUCAACUGCAAAAUCCUUAGCUGCUCGCAUUCUGAGAGGAACUCCUCAGACAGCAGCUAUGAAAAGAGGGCUGGACCUAGAGCCUGACAUACUAAGGCAAUAUUCUGAUUUCUGUGAUGUCACUGUGACGCAGUGUGGGGUCCUCAUCCACCCUGAUGCACCUCACCUUGCAGCCAGCCCUGAUGCCAAAGUUUUCAACCCCAGAGAAACACCACCAUUUGGGUUGGCAGAGGUUAAGAGUUGUGAUGUUGAAGAUGUUGCUCAAGUUAAACACCUGAUCACAGUUCGAGGCCAGGCCUGCCUUAAGAAAAGCCACAAAUAUUACUAUCAGGUUCAAGGCCAGCUGGCCAUAAGCGGACUUCAGUGGUGUGAUUUUAUAACAGAUACCCACACUGACUUCACAGUUGAAAGAAUAUUUAGGGAUGAGGAGAUCAUCAACUCAAUGCGACAGAAGCUGGAUUAUUUUUAUCACAACAUCUACAUGGAUGUAUUAUUACGUUAAGGCAGAAUUUUCAAAUGUAAAUAUUUUUAUGAACAUCUGAUGCAUGUAAUUCCUGUUGUAAAUACUUUUUCAAUUUACAACUUAAGUCAGUGUUGCAUUGUAUGUAAAUAUCCUUUGUCUUAUCGAGCAGUGGUCGCUCUUCAACCAGUUUUCAACCUUGUUUGUAGCUUUGAGCUGCUAUGAAAGUUUUGUAUUAGUUUCCUUCAUCUCACAUAAAUGCUAUUACCAAAUAUGUAAAUAAAAAAAAUGGCAAGU